AAGAAUAAUUGGUUUAUUGAACGAGAGAGAGAGGUUAAAGUUACGUAUUUCUUCGAUUUUAAGCAAAUUUUCGUGAAUCGAGGAGAGUUUGCGAACAAAAUGGCGGCCAGCGCGAGGAAGGUGAUUCUCGCCGUGACCUUCUGCCUGGGAAUGGUCGCCGAGAUCUCGCUCCACGCUUCCCGCGGAAUCACCUGGUCAACACCCCGUUACGCAAAGGCCCCAAGACCGACUCAGCUUCUGACACACCAACAGCCUCUCCUUGACGCCAACCCGACGAAACAUGACGUGAAUAUAACAUUACAGGAAGAGAUACCAGAUGACCUCAAGGCAGAGCCAGCGCACGGUGAAGAUACCACGUCACUGAAGAAGAUAUUGGUCUGGAAUGAUAUGUACGGCAAGUUCCACUACGGCUUCGGGCUGGGCAGAGAGCCCUUCGUGAGAGCCGGCUGUCGGGUUGACGGGUGCUUCGUGACGGCCGACAGGAGGCGCUUCUCUGCCGGGGAGUUGGAUGCCCUCGUCUGGCACUUCAGGAGCAGCGACUUGUCUCUCCCGGAAGUUCGGUCGCCUCACACAAGAUACGUGUUCCGGAUGCAAGAGUCUCCCGCCUAUCUCUACUCCUCUGUCCAGCCUUACAAUGGACUCUUCAACUGGACUUUCACCUACCGCCUGGACUCCGAUUUUCCCAGCCCCCACGGCUUCGUCCUGAACAGAAGCCCACAGCCCAUAGACGCAGUUUCAGUGACCAAGAACAAGACGAAGUUAAUUGCCUGGUUCGUGUCCAACUGCCAUUCUGAAAGCGGUAGGGAGAGCCUGGCCCGGACCCUACAGCAAUUCGUGGACGUCGACACCUUCGGCAGGUGCGGGCCGCUGGAGUGCCUUCGGGCGCGCCAGAGCGAGUGCUACGCCAUGUUGGAACGCGACUACAAGUUCUACCUGGCCUUUGAGAACUCCCUGUGUUCAGAUUACGUCACGGAAAAGUUCUUCGGUGUUUUGCAGUACUACGUGGUGCCCGUCGUCUGGGGAUCAGCCGACUACCUCAAGCAGGGUCCUAGGCAUUCCUACGUUGACGCCAGGGACUUCGCUGAUGUCGCGUCGCUGGCUCGGUAUCUCAAGUACCUCGAUGCCAAUCACACGGCGUAUAUGGAGUAUUUCAGUUGGAAAUCAGACCAACAACUGGCGACAGGCUGGUCCGCAUCCGCCAAGCCCUGGUGCGACUUAUGCGAACGCUUGCACUCGGAUCCGGCGCCAAAAUACUACGACGACCUGCAAGCCUGGUUUGUGAAUGGCUCCUCGUGCGAGUCGCCCUUGUCACGUGACCUCGCUCGCUUCAUUCAUGGAGAGACGGUGACGCUGCGUUUCUGA